UAUGAAAAAAGCACUAUAUAAUUGUAUUAAAUAUUUUCUUGCAACACUUUUGUUGCUAGAUAUGGUCCUGCCACAAUCACAGAAGAAUACACACGGUGUAAUAUUGACUGCUGAUGGUAGAACCGUGCUUAAAUUCCCACACGACACGAACGAUACAUAGAACGGUGGUACCAGACACGAACCUGUGGCACUAUGUAUUCACCCCGUCACACCACCUUCCACCCUUUUAGAAACAUCCUCAGUUUACUGAUAUCACUCCUGGGAGAUCCUAUUCUAGCGUUACCCUUUCGUUUCUCGCCCGAUUCUCUUGUGUUUUAAGUAAUUUCAUAAUGUUCGUACAAGCACCUGCACUAAUGAUCCAACAAAAAUCGGAGAAUUCUGAAGAAGGCAGUGACGAAGAAAGCAGUGGUGAUGUUCUACAGAAACGUCGAGAAGAAUGCGAAAGGAAAGCAAGACGAGGGGAAAUGGAUCCCCGACUAGAAUUCGCUUUCCAACUCUUGAUGGAUGCAACCCAAUUGUCUCGUCACGAGGUCAUGGAUCACGUUUUCGAGGGAGAUAUGCUCGACGAAAUCAAUCUACUGUUUCUACCACACAUGAGAUCCACCCUGGUAUGGUACUAUCAAGAAAUGGACGAACCAGAAACUCUACGUCCUGUGGAAAUAACACAAACCAGAAGCUCAAGUGCUAGAGGAGGUCCAAACGUAUUGACACCUAAAGUUAAAGAGCAAAAGGAAACAAAAGAACCUGGAAAGAAGAAACUAUUUUUAACUGAUGGGUGGCAAGUUCCUUGCACUGGAAUAUGUAUCUACAUGUUCAGAUUGAACGUUUCGAAACAGUUACCUGAAGAGGGUUUCCAAAAGGAUCUCUAUACGGGUGUAAUAGAUACAAAAAAGGUGGGAAUAAUCACAGCGAUACAACGAGUUGUUGAAUACUUCUUUAUGGAUGCUCUCGCUCACCCUGGUUCCGAAGGUGAAGACGACUGUCCUAUGAUCAAGAGCCUUUUGUUGCCUGGUUUGAGAUCCUUCUGCAGCGCCCUGAAAGUGUGUGAACAGGUAGCCCACGAAGGGCGCAUAUUCAAUGACGGUGAAACGUUAAUGAACGAGGUGCACAAUUUCGAGGAAGCAAAAGCGUUCAUAGCAAAAGAAAACGCUGUAAAUAUCGUAGAAGAAAGAGUAAAAGCGUGGAUCAAAAGAUUGAAGGAUUUCAUGGCGGAAAGCAAACAGGUGAAACGAGAAAACGAUACCUCUGGACCACAACAAGAAUUGGAAUAUUGGAAACGGAGAGGAGCGCAAUUUAGUCAAUUAGUAAACAAACUUCAGGAUCAUGAAAUACGAAUGUCCCUUUUAUGCCUCCAAGUGGCACGCUCGAAGUUGAUAAAAGACUGGGUCGACACUGAAGAUGAAAUUACAUACUGUUACAACGAAGCUAAGGACAAUGCAAAAUUUAUCCAAGCACUAGAGAAAUGCUGCCACUGUCUAUAUUUAGAUGAUCCAGUGAAAAUGAGGGAUUCCCUGGUGUCCUUGUUACAAACAGUCCGUCUAAUAUACAGUGUUUCACGAUAUUACAACACCUCAGAGCGAACCAGUUCGUUAAUGAUAAAGAUCACGAAUCAAAUGAUCGUGGCCUGUCGAGACUACGUUACAAACAGAGGUCGAGAAACCGUAUGGGGCCAAGAUCGAGCAGCUGCACGAUCAAAAUUGAAACAUUGUCUGAGACUAAACAAAGCUUACAGAGAAACCUACAGACUAGUUCGAUGCUCACCAGCUAUAACUGAACAAGAAUUUUCUUUCUCGGAAACACAUGUCUUCGGAAGGUUCGAUUUAUUUUGUGAUAGAAUAAGAAAGAUCUUGACCAUGUUCGAACUGAUACAGGAUUAUAAGAAUCUUUUCGAAAGGCGAAUGGAAGGUCUUCUACUGGGAGAAGCGUUAGAUGACGCCAUAAGAAUUUUCGAAGAAGCUGAAAAUAUAGCUACCACCAAGUCAUACGAUUAUCUGGAUCCAAGAAACACUGAAUUUGAUAUUGAUUAUGACAGCUUCAUGGCUAAAACAGAUUCUCUGAAGCAAAACAUUGGUAACAUUAUUGAGAAAAAUUAUGAGGACGUGUGGGAAACGCCUCAGGGUAUACGAUUUUUGACACGAUUCGAAAAAGUAAGCGAAAAGAUACCAUUAACAAAACUGGAUGAAAAAUACAAUAUAGUGGUAAAAUACUGUGACAAGGAAGUAGACAGAAUAUUAAGAUUAUUUAAGAAACAGAGGGAUGAUCCACCAUUGCCAAGGCACAUGCCAGCGAUCGCUGGAAGGCUUACUUGGGCUAAUUCUUUGAAGGUGCACCUUGACGAGUUAGCCACGUCUGUUUCCACUCAUCCAGUACUGAAGACACUUCCGCUCACUAUGGAAUUAGAAAAAAGAUACAACUACGCCCUCGGAAUUUUGAAUCAGUAUAAAUCAGACAUCGCCGAGGUUUGGACUCAUCAAAAUUCCUGGGUCAUCGAAGACUGUUUAAAACGAUCUUUGCUGACAGUGGACGAAAAAACAGGAACGAUUAAAGUGAAUUUGGAAGGACGCAUUAUGUUAUUGAUACGAGAAGCUGAUUGUUUGUCAAAAUUAAAUUUGGAAAUUCCUAUCGUCGCUUUGACGAUUUUGACAAAGAAAGAUCAUUUCACAUUAAUUACCGAUGCUCUUCAAUUAAUGAUCGAGAAAUUUGUGUUCACUACAAAACGCGUGAAACUCGAAGUGAGACCACUCUUGCUUCCACACUUGGUUCGUGUAGCAUCCCUGUUGGAACCUGGAUUAAUGUCUUUAACCUGGACCGAUCCAGAAUGGAAGAAUUUCUAUCAGAAUACGAAAGAACAAAUUAAAGAGUUUGAUAUCUUGAUAACGAGAGUUCACGACGUAUAUGAUAACAGGAUUCUUCAAGUACUCACAAGUAUGCAAAAGAUCACCUUACAUUCUCUACCAGAGUCUGAUCAACCUUGGACGAUAGAGGAAUUUGUGGAGAAGACCGAGGAAAUAUGCAGACUGGCAGCGGUAGAUUUGUAUCGUAAAAGUAUGAUGGUAGAAGAGGCGGUAGAGGAAGUGCUAGAUCUUGUUAAGAACGCUGCGGAGAACUUCAAAAGCGCCGCUAACUCCAGUCAAUUCGAUUUUUUUAAUAUCGAAGAGGACGAAGAAACGGUAGACCAAACAGCUCAACAAGACUGGUCUUUGGUAUGGAGCUUAUUCGAUGAUCCUCAUCAAUUGUUAGCUACACCUGGUAGUUUGCCAAAAGGCAUGCAGGACAUGGUGCGAAACGCCGUAUCUGAAAUGAGAAGAUAUUAUUCCAGAAAGGUUGUGGAUGUUCUAAUAAAAGUUACCAGAAGUUCUCUGGAUGCAAUUAGAAAAAGAUUCAUUCGGGAGAUCGAUUCAGAGGAAACACCGAGUCCAAUAUUUUUGCUACAUGCAACUCUAAUGAUACCAGUGGUAACUGUGAAACCUAGUUUGGAUGAUGUUCAGGAGGCUUUGAUGUUGGUUGGCAAAACUAUCGCUGGCGUCGCGAAAGGAGUUUCUCAGUGGAAUUCUAGAGUUAACAAGAAUUCUUGGAAACAAGCAUAUCCAAAGAGAACCUUCGCGGACAUUGUAAUGAGAGCGCAAAUUCAAGCUGCAAAGAAGAAACGGGAAGAACCAGAAGAUGCAAGAAUUCGAAGGCGAAAGUUGUACAAAAUCAUCUCCGAGGAGAGGCCAAUGUUCCCCGUGCAAGAGAGUAAUUUUCAUGGAAUGCUAAUGGACAAUAAAGAAGUGAUGAAGUUAUUGUCCAUGCUAAACACGUGUAUGCAGGAAUUCAAACCAGAUCUUGUUGAAUUCAUCGAUCGAUGGAAACCUUAUAAAUUUCUAUGGAAGAACGAAAAGAGCAUACGAGAAUUGCUACAAAUUUCUCUACCAGAGUUUGAAAGCACGCUUCGAAAACACAGCGAACUUGAAGACCUUUUAGCUACUGAACCGGAUAUGAUCAUCUUUGGAACAUCCAUUGCUGUAUCCACGGAAAAAUUAAAAUAUGGACUCUAUACCGAAAUUAAAGCCUGCACUCACAAAAUUGGUCAAGCCAUGAAGAAAAAGUAUCGACGCGAGAUGGAGUACGUCUACGCAUUGAUGAACGAAAUGGAUCGAAAGUUGGAUCGUCAGAUACGCGAUCUCGACGAUGUACGAUUAAUCAUGGACACUCUGAAAAAGAUUCGCGAACAGGAAGUGGAUAUGGAACUGAGGAUCGACCCAAUCGAAGAAGCUUUCAACAUUGUCACGAGAUACGAGGUACCAGUGGAUCAAGAGUGUUUGGAACAGGUAGACAAUUUAAGAUACACCUGGCAGCAGUUGCUCAAUCGAGCGCAACAAAGUCACGUGUUGCUAUUAGAAUUGCAACCUCAAUUCGAAGAAGAUCUAAGAAAUAAUUUGGAAAGAUUCCGUAUUGAUAAUACAAUGUAUUGCGAGGAGUAUAGAUCCUCCGGACCGAUGCAACCUGGUCUGAGUCCAAGAGAAGCUUCCGAUAGGCAGAUCCUCUUUCAAAAUAGAUUCGAUGGCAUGUGGAGAAAGCUUCAGACUUAUCAAAGUGGUGAAGAACUUUUUGGCUUACCCAUUACUGAUUAUCCUGAAUUGUCACAAAUCAGAAAGGAACUGAAUUUACUACAGAAACUGUACAAACUAUAUAAUGAUGUUAUUGAUAGAGUGAACAGCUAUUAUGACAUUCCUUGGGGUGAGGUGAACAUCGAGGACAUAAACAACGAGCUAAUGGAAUUCCAAAACCGAUGUCGCAAAUUACCAAAGGGUUUAAAAGAAUGGCCCGCGUUCUUCGCCCUAAAAAAAACGAUAGAUGAUUUCAAUGAUAUGUGCCCUCUAUUAGAAUUAAUGGCUAACAAGGCGAUGAAACCACGUCACUGGCACAGGAUCGUAGAAGUGACGGGAUACUCGUUCGAUCUGGACAGCGAAGGCUUCUGCUUGAAGAACAUCCUCGAGGCGCCUCUAUUGAAAUAUAAGGAGGACAUCGAGGACAUCUGCAUCUCUGCUAUGAAGGAGAAGGACAUAGAAGCUAAAUUGAGGACCGUAGUGAACGAGUGGUCGUCCCACGAGCUGACGUUCAUGACGUUUAACAAUCGAGGAGAAUUGUUACUCAGAGGGGACACCACUGCGGAGACAAUCGGUCAGCUGGAAGACAGUUUGAUGGUGCUCGGUUCCCUCAUGUCGAACCGAUACAAUGCGCCAUUUCGCAAGCAGAUACAACAAUGGCUCGCGGAUCUGUCCAACACCAACGAAAUCUUAGAAAGAUGGCUCCUGGUGCAGAACAUGUGGGUUUACCUUGAAGCUGUGUUCGUCGGUGGAGAUAUAGCUAAACAACUGCCUAAAGAGGCGAAAAGAUUUAGUAAAAUUGAUAAGAGCUGGCAGAAAAUCAUGCAAAGGGCUCAUGAAACUCCGGGGGUAGUUCCUUGCUGCGUGGGGGAUGAUUUGCUUAAACAACUUUUGCCACAUCUUCAGGAACAGUUGGAACUCUGCCAGAAAUCAUUGAGCGGAUACUUGGAAAAAAAGCGUAUGAUGUUUCCAAGAUUCUUCUUCGUAUCUGAUCCUGCUUUAUUGGAGAUACUCGGUCAAGCAUCUGACUCACAUACAAUACAGAAUCAUUUGCUCUCUAUUUUUGAUAACACACGUUACGUGAAAUUUCAUGAUAUCGAGUAUAAUAAAAUGAUGGCUAUCAUAUCGUCUGAAGGGGAAACGAUCUUGCUUGAGAAAGCGGUCAGAGCGGAAGGAUCAGUGGAAACCUGGUUAACGCAACUAUUGCAAACAUCUCAACAAUCUUUGCACUCGAUAAUUCGACAAUGCUACUCCAUGAUCAACGAUAUCAAUUUCAAUCUCCUUGGUUUUUUGAAUAAAAUGCCUGCUCAAAUUGGUCUACUUGGAAUACAAAUGAUCUGGACCAGGGAUAGUGAACAAGCUUUGGCUCAAGCUCGAGCGGAUAAAAAGAUUAUGGGAGAAACGAACAAUAGAUUCCUCGACUUACUGAACACAUUGAUUGAUCAGACAACCAGAGACCUGGCAAAAAUUGAGAGAACGAAAUUCGAGACUCUGAUCACCAUUCAUGUGCAUCAACGUGAUAUUUUUGAUAUACUGUGCCGUUUAAAUGUACGAUCAGUAAACGAUUUCGAGUGGCUGAAGCAAUGUAGAUUCUACUUCAAGGAAGAUCUGGACAAAACAUCCAUAUGCAUAACCGACGUCAAUUUUACAUAUCAAAAUGAAUAUCUAGGCUGUACCGAACGAUUGGUCAUCACUCCAUUAACAGACAGGUGUUAUAUAACUUUGGCACAAGCUUUAUCGAUGUCGAUGGGUGGAUCACCCUGUGGACCAGCCGGAACUGGAAAAACGGAAACAGUCAAAGACAUGGGUAAAACAUUGGCCAAGUAUGUGGUGGUUUUCAAUUGUUCCGAUCAAAUGGACUACAGAGGAUUAGGUCGAAUUUACAAAGGAUUGGCUGAGAGUGGCUCCUGGGGGUGUUUCGACGAGUUUAAUAGAAUAGAACUUCCGGUUCUGUCUGUAGCUGCACAGCAAGUCGCGGUUGUCCUUGCUGCGAAGAAAGAAAAAAAGAAACAAUUUGUUUUCACCGAUGGAGAUCUGAUAGACAUGUGUCCUGAACUUGGAAUAUUCAUAACAAUGAAUCCUGGAUACGCUGGUAGAAAAGAACUCCCAGAGAACCUGAAGAUUCAAUUUCGUACUGUUGCAAUGAUGGUACCCGACAGACAGAUCAUCAUUCGAGUAAAAUUAGCUAGCUGUGGUUUUCUGGAGAAUAUCACACUCGCUCGUAAAUUUUACACCUUGUAUAAACUAUGCGAAGAGCAACUAACUAAACAGGUCCAUUACGAUUUUGGCUUGAGAAAUAUACUAUCCGUGCUUAGAACUCUAGGAGCAUCAAAGAGAGUGAACUCGAAGGAUUCAGAGAGUACAAUUGUUAUGCGUGUUUUGAGAGAUAUGAAUCUCUCAAAAUUGAUAGACGAGGACGAGCCAUUGUUCAUCUCCUUGGUGGCAGAUUUAUUUCCCAAUCAAGCUCUAGAAAAAACUUCUUACCCGGAAUUGGAAGCCGCAAUCAAUCAACAAGUGGAAGAAGCUGGCUUGAUAUACCAUCCACCAUGGGUACUGAAAUUAAUACAAUUAUACGAGACACAGAGAGUAAGGCAUGGAAUAAUGACCCUGGGUCCGACUGGAUCUGGAAAAACAACAUGUAUACACAUUUUAAUGAAGGCUUUAACACAGUGUGGUAAUUUUCACAGAGAAAUGAGAAUGAAUCCAAAGAGCAUAACAGCAGCCCAAAUGUUCGGUCGACUAGAUGUAGCGACAAAUGAUUGGACAGAUGGAAUAUUCUCUGCUCUAUGGCGUAAGACGUUAAAAUUGAAAGAAGGAGAACACGUGUGGUUAGUUCUCGAUGGUCCGGUCGACAGUAUUUGGAUCGAGAACUUGAAUUCCGUAUUAGACGAUAAUAAAACGUUGACUCUAGCGAAUGGUGAUCGUUUACCGAUGGCUGCAACCUGCAAAAUCAUUUUCGAACCGCAUAACAUCGACAAUGCGAGUCCUGCCACUGUAUCUCGUAACGGGAUGGUGUAUAUGAGUUCUUCAGGGUUGGAUUGGAACCCUGUAGUGACUGCUUGGUUAAAAACUCGAAGCACUUUGGAACAAGAGGUGUUUGGUCAGUGCUUCGCAGACUCCUUUGCACAGAUUUAUUCAUGGAGUACUCAAGUUUUAACGUUAACAAUAGACGUCUUACAAUGCAACAUAGUGAAACAGAUGUUGUGCCUUCUCGAAGGCCUUGUCCCUCUCGAAACAUCCAUAGAAGAAGAAGAAGACGAAGAAACGGAGGAAGAGAAACGACAACCGAUGACGAUGGAACAUUUACAGCGUUUCUACGUGUUCACCCAAAUAUGGGGUAUAGGAGCGUUGUUAGAGACCUCGGACAGAGCAAAGUACGAUCAGUAUCUUCGUGAGAACUUCGAUAAUCUGGAUUUACCAAACACGGAGAACAAUCCUGAAGCAAAGUUAUUUGAUUUCUAUGUAACCGAGAAAGGUAAAUGGGACACAUGGACGAGCAUGGUGACUAAUUACGUUUAUCCAGAAUAUUCGACACCUGAUUACAGCAACGUGCUGGUCCCAAUUCCUGAUAACGUGAGGAUACAAUAUCUGAUUGAUCUAAUCGGCAGACAAGACAAAGCUGUUCUAUUGAUAGGUGAGCAAGGCUCUGCUAAAACGGUGAUGAUGAAAUCAUACAUGAAGAAAGCUAAUCCGGAAACCACUCUGAGUCGCUCUUUUAACUUUAGCUCCGCCACAAGUCCGUUUCAGUUUCAGAAAACUAUUGAAAGUUACGUGGAGAAGCGUUUGGGUAACACGUUUGGACCACCAGGUGGUAAGAAGAUGAUGGUCUUCGUUGAUGAUAUUAAUUUGCCACAGAUAAAUGAGUGGGGCGAUCAAGUCACUAAUGAAAUCGUCCGUCAGACGAUGGAUAUGAAAGGGUUUUAUUCGCUUGAAAAACCCGGAGACUUCACUAAUAUCGUGGAUAUGACGUAUCUGGCUGCCAUGUGUCAACCUGGAGGAGGUAGAAACGAUAUUCCAUCGAGAUUGAAGAGACAAUUUUGUAUUUUCAAUUGUACGCUACCUGAUAAAGCAUCGAUAGAUCGGAUCUUUAGCGUGCUUGGCGAAGGUCAUUAUAAUAAUAAGAGAGGAUUCUCAGUGGAUGUUAGAAAUCUUGUUAAGAAAAUGGUCCCUUUGACGAGGAUACUUUGGGAAAGAACCAGGAGUCACCUACUGCCUACGCCAGCAAAGUUUCAUUAUGUAUUCAAUCUACGUGAUUUGUCAAGAAUUUGGCAGGGGAUGGUCGGUACACUGUCUACGGUGAUCGAUAAGGAAAAUGUUCUAAUGCUGCUGUGGAAACACGAAUGCAGUCGUGUAUUCAGUGAUAGAUUCACCAUACAAACGGAUAAGGACUGGUUUGAAGGAGAAUUAGUGAGGGUUGUGAACGAGAUGCUGGGAGAGAAAUAUGUAGAUAUGUUAGACCAGGAUCCUGCGUUUGUAGACUUCAUGAGAGAUGCUCCAGAACCGACUGGUGAAGAGGGUGAAGAUGCAGAUGUUGAGUUACCAAAAGUGUACGAACCAGUCUACGACGACCAGGUCCUUAGAGACAGAUUAGAAAUGUUCCUCUCACAAUUCAACGAGAUGCAAAGAGGUUCUGGAAUGGAUUUAGUCUUCUUUCCUGAUGCCAUGUUACACUUGGUCAAAAUAUCCAGAGUCAUUAGACAUCCAAAAGGAAACGUGAUGCUGGUAGGUGUUGGUGGUUCCGGGAAACAAAGCCUUACAAAAUUAUCGUCCUUCAUCGCAGGCUACAAAACGUUCCAAAUAACUUUGACAAGGUCUUACAAUGUAGCAAAUUUCUUAGAAGAUCUGCGAUAUUUAUACCGAACUUGCGGAGCUCAGGGAAAGGGAACCACCUUCAUAUUCACCGAUCUGGACAUUAAAGAAGAAGGUUUCUUGGAAUAUUUAAACAAUAUUCUAAGUUCCGGAGUGAUCAGCAAUUUAUUCACUCGCGAUGAACAACAAGAAAUUAUUUUAGAGCUAACGCCUAUCUUAAGACGCGAGAAUCCAAAAAGAUCAAUCAAUAAUGAGCUAGUAAUGGACUUCUUUCUUCAAAGAACGUGUCAAAAUCUUCACGUAGUAUUCUGUUUUUCUCCAGUCGGUGAAAAAUUCCGAAAUCGUGCUCAACGUUUCCCGGCACUUAUCUCCGGAUGUACCAUCGACUGGUUCCAACCAUGGCCGAAAGACGCGUUGAUAUUAGUUGCUAAACACUUCUUACACGACUUCAGCAUCGCGUGCACCAGCGAAGUGAAAGAUGAAUUGGUGCAUGCCCUGGGUUCCAUACAAGAUAUCGUUUCUCUCACAUCCGCAGAGUACUUCCAGAGGUUCCGACGUGCCACCCACGUCACACCUAAGUCCUACUUGAACUUCAUCGGUGGUUACAAGAACAUUUACCAAAGCAAACAGCACGAACUUGGGGAAGGAGCGAAGAGAAUGGACACAGGUUUAGCGAAACUGGAAGAAGCUUCGAUAUCGGUGGAAAUUUUGAAAAGAGAUCUUGCUGUGAUGGAGAAGGACUUGGUCCAAGCAUCCGAAAAAGCUGAAACCGUCCUCCAGGAAGUAACUGAGAGAGCUAUGCAAGCAGAAGCGUUCAAGAACCAAGUGCAAAAAGUGAAGGAGAAAGCUGAACAAUUAGUAGCCUGCAUAGCCGAGGAGAAAGCACUUGCCGAACAAAAGUUAGAGGCUGCUAAGCCAGCACUGGAAGAGGCAGAGGCUGCUCUGAACACCAUCAAACCUGCUCACAUAGCCACCGUAAGGAAGUUAGGCAGGCCGCCUCAUCUUAUAAUGAGGAUCAUGGACUGCGUGUUAAUUUUGUUUCAAAGAAAAAUUGGCCCAGUUGUCCCGGACACUGCUGCUCCAUGCCCAAAACCUUCAUGGUCGGAAUCAUUGAAGAUGAUGGCCAGCACGACGUUCCUGCUUCAGCUGCAAAACUAUCCAAAGGACAUAAUCAAUAACGAGAUGGUCGAAUUGCUGCAGCCUUACUUCAAGAUGGAGGAUUACAAUAUGGAGACUGCCAGGCGAGUUUGCGGCGACGUGGCAGGUUUGUUGUCCUGGACGAAGGCCAUGGCUUUCUUCCAUUCGGUCAACAAAGAGGUACUUCCGCUGAAGGCUAAUUUGGCUCUACAGGAAGCAAGGCUCAAGGUAGCAAUGGAGGACCUGGCAAACGCUGAGAGAGAACUGUCUGAAAGAGAAAUGGCUCUGCAAGCGGUCAAAGAGCAAUACGACUCCGCUGUGUCGGAGAAACAGAGGCUGACUGAAGCUGCCAAUGUCUGUAUUCGAAAAAUGACUGCUGCAACCGCGUUGAUCAAUGGAUUGGGAGGCGAGAAGAUACGUUGGACCGAACAAAGCAGCGAGUUCAAGGUUCAGUUAGGACGACUGGUUGGUGACGUUCUUCUGGCUACUGGCUUCUUAUCCUACUGUGGACCGUACAACCAACAGUACAGAGCUAGUUUGGUGACUUCGUGGAUGAAGAUUCUAGCGACCAAAGCUAUUCCUUUCACCACAAACCUAAAUAUCACGAACAUGCUCGUAGAUAGUGCGACCAUGUCCGAAUGGACUCUUCAGGGAUUACCAAACGACGAGCUGUCCGUGCAGAAUGCUCUGAUCGUAACUAAAUCCUCUUCCUAUCCUCUGUUGGUGGAUCCUCAAAACCAAGGGAAGAUGUGGAUCAAGAACAAGGAGUGCAUGAAUGAGUUACAGAUAACCUCUUUGAAUCACAAGUACUUCAGAACCCACCUUGAAGACAGUCUUUCGUUAGGUAGACCAUUGUUGAUCGAGGACAUCGCUGAAGAGCUAGACCCAGUUCUAGAUAAUGUACUCGAGAAGAACUUCAUCAAGUCUGGUUCUAUUGAAAAAGUCAUUGUUGGAGACAAAGAAUGCGAUGUGAUGCCAGGCUUCAUGUUAUACGUUACCACGAAAUUACCAAAUCCAGCAUACAGUCCAGAGAUCUCAGCCAAGACGUCGAUAAUAGACUUCACUGUCACGAUGUUAGGUCUUGAAGAUCAGCUGUUAGGUAGAGUUAUACUUAUGGAGAAGGCAGAUUUAGAGGCAGAAAGGGUGGCUCUCUUCGAAUCCGUCAUGACGAACCAACGAUCAAUGAAGGAACUCGAAAGUACUCUUCUCCAUCGACUUACAUCUUCCGAAGGUUCUCUGGUGGACGAUGAAGCGCUUAUUAACGUACUCAGAGAAACUAAAGUGACAGCAGAAUCGGUUAACGAGAAGCUAAAAGUGUCUGCUUUGACAGAGAAGAAGAUCACCUUAGCACGAGAGGAAUUUCGUGCAGUCGCUUCGAGGGGGUCUAUCUUGUAUUUUCUGAUCGUAGAAAUGAGUAACGUCAACGUGAUGUACCAGAACUCGUUGAGACAGUUCCUGACCAUAUUCGACAACUCCAUCACCAAGUCUACCAAGAGUCCCAUCACUAGCGAACGAAUAAACAUAAUCCUUCGUCAUCUGACCUAUGAAGUAUGGGCCUUCACUUUGCGAAGUCUGUACGAACGACACAAGUCAUUGUUCACGCUGAUGUUGGCGAUGAAGAUCGACUGUCAUCGAGGCGCGAUCACCCACGCAGAGUUCAAUGCUUUCAUAAAAGGAGGAGCAUCUCUGGAUCUGAACGCGGUCGUUCAGAAACCGUUCAGAUGGAUCCUGGAUAUAACUUGGUUGAACCUAGUCGAGAUCAGCAAAUUGGAAACUUUCUCGGAUAUCUUAAUGAAAAUUGAAUAUAACGAGAAGGAAUGGCGAGUGUGGUACGAGAAAGAGAAACCAGAGGAAGAAGAGCUACCGUGUGGCUAUCAGAAGAAGCUGGACGUGUUUAGAAAAUUACUUCUGAUCAGAUCCUGGAGUCCUGACAGGACCUUGUCUCAAGCAAGGAAGUAUGUGAUCGAAUCUUUAGGAAAGGAGUAUGGAGAGGCUAAGAUUUUGGACUUGGAGGCUACUUGGUUGGAAUCUGAAGUUAGGACUCCGCUUAUAUGCAUACUGUCGAUCGGAUCUGACCCCAGCCCACAGAUAACAAUACUAGCAAAGCAGAAAUCUAUUCAAUUGAAAUCAGUGUCUAUGGGUCAAGGACAAGAAUUUCAUGCUCGACGAUUAAUCUCAGAUGCUAUGAACACGGGCAGCUGGGUACUGCUGCAAAACAUUCACUUGUCUCUUCCCUUUUGUACGGAAGUCAUGGACGCCCUUGUUGAAACGGAAACCGUCCACGAGGCGUUCAGACUCUGGAUGACCACCGAAGUACAUCCUCAAUUUCCCAUUGGCCUAUUGCAGAUGGCCAUCAAAUUUACGAACGAACCCCCUCAAGGUAUCAGAGCCAGCUUGAAGAGGACCUAUCAAGGUGUAACACAGGACACACUGGAUUACAGCACACAGUCACAAUGGCCGCCUUUGUUAUAUGCCGUUGCAUUUCUGCACACAGUGGUGCAAGAACGCAGGAAAUUUGGCCCGCUUGGUUGGAACAUACCGUAUGAAUUUAAUCAAGCCGACUUUGCUGCUUCCGUCCAAUUUAUACAGAACCAUUUGGACGACAUGGAUCCGAAAAGAGGAGUGUCUUGGCCGACUGUUUGCUACAUGCUUGGAGAGGUGCAAUACGGUGGUAGAGUUACCGACGACUUCGACAAACGAUUGCUAACUACGUUUACACACGUUUGGUUUUGCGACGUGUUGUUACGAUCUGGCUUCGAAUUUUACCGCGGGUACAAGGUACCUCAGACGAAGAAUCUUCAGGGAUACUUGGAUUACAUUGAUUCUCUACCCGCCACGGAUACCCCGGAAGUGUUCGGCCUGCACCCGAACGCAGACAUCACUUAUCAAAUAAACACGGCUAAGGGAAUACUUGACACGAUUUUGAGCGUGCAACCGAAGGAGGGUGGCGCACAAGGUGGUGAGACCAGAGAAAACGUGGUAUACAAACUCGCGAGUGAUAUGCUUGAGAAAUUACCGAAACAGUACAAUUCGUUUGAAGUGAAAGAGGCACUUCAACGAAUGGGAGCACUGCUACCUAUGAACAUAUUUUUACGUCAAGAAAUCGACAGGAUCACCCGAGUCAUCAAAGAGGUACGCACUACAUUGACAGAUUUAAAGCUAGCUAUCGAGGGUACCAUCGUGAUGAGUCAAGGUUUGCGCAAAUCACUGGAUGCAAUGUACGAUGCUCGUAUUCCAGAGAAAUGGCUGAAAAUAUCUUGGGAAUCGGCGACACUUGGAUUCUGGUAUACAGAACUGUUGGAACGGGACUAUCAGUUCCGACAGUGGUGCAUUCAUGGCCGGCCUAAAGUAUUUUGGAUGACCGGUUUCUUUAAUCCUCAAGGAUUCUUAACCGCGAUGCGACAAGAGGUAACUAGAGCACACAAAGGGUGGGCCCUUGACUCUGUCGUCCUGCAAAAUUUAAUUACAAGAUUCAGUAAGGAGGAGAUAAAGAAUCAACCUCAGGAAGGAGUUUACGUUCAUGGGCUAUUCUUAGAAGGUGCCUCACUCGAUCGCAAAACGAGCAAAUUGGUAGAAAGCAAACCGAAGGUUCUGUACGAGCAAAUGCCAGUAAUUUACAUUUACGCGAUAAACACAACGGCAGGCAAGGAUCCAAAGCUUUACGAAUGUCCUAUAUACAGGAAACCACAGAGGACAGAUUCUAAAUACAUAGGAUCAAUUGAUUUCGAAACUGACCACAAUCCUCGGCACUGGACAUUACGAGGUGUAGCUCUUUUGUGUGAUAUAAAAUAGAAUAAAACAGAAUGUUUCAUAAGCGAAAUCGUCAAACACUGGACAAAGCACAACAUAAAAAAUAAUUCAUAUAAACAUGUCAAGUCUUUAUUUCUUAUAAAGAAUAAAAAAUAUCUCAUAGAUUUGCAAAAUACAGGGUGUCCCGUAAC